GAAAGCACCGCAAGAAACUGGGCUGGUUUGCGGUCAGAGUCGGACCGACUUUUGGGACGCCGCCUCUUACAGGCGGGAUUACCUGGCGGUCGCCGGCAUUUGGCGUCAUUCCGAAAACAUGGCGCAAGCCAAUCAGCGGUAACCUUGGUCUUCGGGGCGGCUGUUCGUUGGUUGAUAUGCCAGAGCCUGUUCUGCUGUCUGUAUUGGCUAUUGCCGCUGUCAGUCAGGGCCGUGGGUCGAACCUUCCCCUACUCUUUGUCUGUACGAGCUCAUGUUGUCUGGGAGAGCGGCGAAGGCGCUGCUGUGGAUUGGUCACAGGGAGAAACCUCUUAUCUGUUCCUAUUGGCCUGUCCGUCAAGGGACGAUGCUGAUUGGUAGGGCAGAGCAAUCUGAGUCCUAGUUGGUGGAGUUCUCCCCGGAUGGAAGCUCAGGCCGCGUAGUGAUGGUGGCGGCAGCGAAGAUGGGCCGGGCAGGGACCAUGGCGGUGGCAGCAGAGGUGGCAGGGGCGGGGCGGCUGGCGGUAGAGGAGGCUGUGGUCCUCAGGGGGCUGUAGGUGGAGGCAUGGCUCGGGCCAGCAGCGGGAACGGCAGCGAGGAGGCCUGGGGGGCACUUCGGGCAUCGCAACAGCAGCUUCGAGAGCUGUGCCCAGGAGUGAACAACCAGCCCUACCUCUGUGAGAGUGGUCACUGCUGUGGGGAGACUGGCUGCUGCACCUACUACUAUGAGCUCUGGUGGUUCUGGCUGCUCUGGACUGUCCUCAUCCUCUUUAGCUGCUGUUGCGCCUUCCGCCACCGACGAGCUAAACUCCGGCUGCAACAACAGCAGCGGCAGCGUGAAAUCAACUUGUUGGCCUACCAUGGGGCAUGCCAUGGGGCUGGUCCUUUCCCUACCGGUUCACUGCUUGACCUUCGCCUCCUCAGCACCUUCAAGCCCCCAGCCUAUGAGGAUGUGGUUCACCGCCCAGGCACACCACCCCCUGCUUAUACUGUGGCCCCAGGCCUCCCCUUGACUGCUUCCAGCGAACAAACCUGGUGUUCCUCCUCAUCCAGCUGCCCUGCCCACUUCGAAGGAACAAAUGUGGAAGGUGUUUCCUCCCACCAGAGUGCCCCCCCUCAUCAGGAGGUUGAGCCUGCGGCAGGGGUGAGCCCUGCCCCCACACCCCCCUCCUGUCGCUAUCGCCGUUUAACUGGUGACUCCGGUAUUGAGCUCUGCCCUUGUCCUGCCUCCGGUGAGGGUGAGCCAGUCAAGGAGGUGAGGGCUAGUGCCACCCUGCCAGAUCUGGAGGACUAUUCCCCUUGUGCACUGCCCCCAGAUUCUGUACCGCAGGUCUCUCCCAUGGGGCUGUCCUCCAGUGAAGGGGACAUCCCGUAAGUUAGUUUUGAGAGGGUGGGUGGGUUACUUGCCCACCAGAAACAGCCCUAGUCCCACCUCCUUGCGUUUCCUUUGGCCCCUUCCUGCCUACCUAGAUCUGCCCGAAAGGGCUGGAGCCCUGAGGAGAGGGGCAGUAUUUGGGGGAUUGUGCUAGCUUUACCCCCGCAAGGCAUCAAGACAUAUACACAGGAGCCUUUGAUCUCAUUAAAGAGAUUUGAACCAGC